UGUUUCUUACUUCCCCCUCCCCCAUCCGCUCCUGCUGCUGCUGAGGCCGAGACAUGAAUGCGAUGAAUGUGGGGCUCACUUCAAAGCAGAUCGCGAGGGCAGCGAAAGGGGUGCUGUAAUGUCGUCAGGAAAGAAAAAAAACCGCACCGAGGGCGAACGCGAUCUGUUUGUGCAGUCCUGGGGUUUUUACAUGCUGUAGUAGUGCUUAAUUGGGAUGAUCGGUUACAUUGGUGUUUAUAGCGGUUAAAGAUGGCUAAGCGUGCUAUGACAACGUGUUCUCACACUAGUUGAGUCGGAUCAGUUCAGUGUAUCAGCAGAGCAAGCUAACUAGCAGUGUCGGCUAAUACACUUAAAGAUGGUGGAAGUCUUUUUUUCCACCAUAUAUUUUCACUUAUUCAGGAAGGUCUCGCACCGCACGUACGUCCUUUCCUUGCUCAUUAUGCUCUUUGAUGCGUUUGUUUUCCGUUGUGUUUAUUUAUUUAUUUUACUUAUCUGUUUUGGUUUGUAGCUUGUUAGUAGCCUCUUAAUAUCCGCUUAAGUAGUUAUGGUUUGCAGACCUUUGCUUUAAAGCAACAGUGCAGUUGUGAAUUAUGGCUUUAAAUCGACUUGGAGUGUGCAGAGAGGUAAUGCUUAUAAUUUUGUGUCGAGUGUAUUUUGGUGCCGGGUUAGCCCGUUUACAAUCGCCAUUGUAGCUUCCCUUGAAGUUUGAGCUGUUAAAGUUAUUGUUUGGCUUAGACAAGGAUAGCGCAAGGUUUCUUUUCCCUUUAGCUCUAUUAUCAACAACAUCAGACGAAAUGUAGUUGGCAGGCAGUCACAGGUUUUAGGGUCGGAACUUGAAAGUGUUGCAUUUAUGGUUGGAGUCAUAAAGCUGGUCACAGGAGAGUUUUUGUGCCACGAUGGGUCGCCUUUUUGCCCUCUUUUCUUUAAGAUAGAUAUGCCUCAGACCUCUGCAAGAUUUAAUGGCAAUGUUGAGCAUUGCAGUGUUGAAACUAAAUUUCACAUGCACAAAAGUUUUUACACAGCUUUUGAAUUGAUCACAUAAAGGCAAGCACAAGGUGACAUGUGGAAUUUCAUUUAAAAAGCUUAGAUGACAGUUUAAUCAUUAGAGGCAUUCUUUCGCUGUGGCAUUAAUAGAAGUCCGGAUAUAAACUUUCUGCCUUGUGGGCUGUACUGGGACUGGGUGCAUGGACACUGUGAGCAUGAGUGUAAAGGAGAAGGGAUGCUAUCUGACAGACCUGGGUGGCAACUUCACUGAGGAUGCCCCCAGACCCCCGGUCCCUGGAGAGGAGGGCGAUCUGGUGUCCAGUGAUGGACGGCAGUAUGGCCACAGUUUUUACUCCUCCAAGUGCGAGAGCCUCAAGAAUGAGGCCUCCAUAGCGACGCCCAGAAGACCUGACCUGGAUCUGGGCUAUGAGCCCGAGGGUAGUGCUUCCCCAACGCCACCCUACCUGAAGUGGGCAGAGUCCUUACAUUCUCUCCUGGAUGACCAAGAUGGCAUCCACUUGUUCAGGACUUUCCUCAAACAGGAGGACUGUGCUGACAUGCUGGACUUCUGGUUUGCCUGCAGCGGCUUCCGGAAGCAGGAGACUAACGAAGGCAAUGAGAAGAUGCUGAAACUAGCAAAAGCCAUUUACAAAAAGUAUAUCUUGGAUAACAAUGGAAUUGUCUCGAGACAGAUCAAACCGGCCACAAAAAGCUUCAUCAAGGACUGUGUGAUGAAGCUUCAUAUUGACCCUGCCAUGUUUGACCAAGCUCAAACUGAGAUACAGACUAUGAUGGAGGAGAACACCUACCCUUUGUUUUUGAAAUCCGACAUCUAUUUGGAAUACACCAGGACAGGUGGGGAGAGUCCCAAGCUGUUCAGUGACCAGAGCUCAAUGUCAGGGAACGGCAAGGUCUUGCCAGGGUACUUACCGACUCUGAAUGAAGACGAGGAGUGGCGGUGUGACCAGGAACAGGAGCAGCAUCCUGAAAGUGACCCCACCCCCAGCAACAUGCUGACCCAGAAGCUGCUCUUGGAAACUGUGCCUCAGCGGGUGGCCAGCAGUAAAAGAUAUCAGGACAACCGUGAGUACAGACAUGCAUCAUGGAGGGAGCCCAUCAAUCCAUACUACGUGAACACCGGCUACGCGCUGGCUCCCGCCACCAGCGCCAACGAUAGCGAGCAACAGAGCAUGUCCAGCGAUGCCGACACUCUCUCCCUUACUGACAGCAGUGUAGAUGGUGUCCCACCUUAUAGAUAUCGUAAACCACAUCGACGUGAGAUACACGAAAGUGCCAAAGUUAAUGGGCGAGUGCCACUACCUCAUAUUCCUCGCACAAACCGGAUACCAAAGGAUAUUCACGUUGAGCCUGAGAAGUUUGCAGCGGAGCUGAUCAGCAGGCUUGAGGGGGUGCUGAGGGAACGCGAGGCGCAAGAAAAACUGGAGGAGAGGCUCAAGAGGGUUAGACUGGAAGAGGAAGGCGAUGAUGCGGACAUCUCCACUGCCCCCUCUCUGGCCAGUCACCGGAUGCCUCCUGCUGUCCAGGUGCAGCAUUAUGGCGGUCGCUACUCUGAAAUGAGCUACAAUGGGCUGCAGCUACGGGACGCGCAUGAGGAGAACCCCGAGAGCAUCCUGGAUGAGCAUGUGCAGCGUGUCAUGAAAACCCCCGGCUGUCAAUCUCCGGGCACAGGCCGCCACUCUCCGAAGUCCCGCUCGCCAGAUGGGCUGCCCGCGGGCAAGAUGUCAGGGCUGAUGAUGCCACUGUCUGGUGCACAAGGUAAGCACCAGGUUCGGUUAGGUCCAAAGGGCGAGGCAGCGCACCUGCACCAUCACAAACACCUUCACCAUACACACUAUGCUGCUGGGGGAAAGCCCAAAGAGCAAAUGGAGGCGGAAGCCAUGAGGAUGCACGGCGGAUUCGCCUGGAACAUGGAGCAACACCACUAUGGAUCCAAGUUCCGCAACUACGCAGACGGAAUGAGCAUUGGUCCCAGUGCCAUGGACCCCAUGGGUUAUGGCAGUAAAGGUAGCACGCUGUCAAAGCGACCUAUCAGAAAAGAUGAUGCACGAAACCAUGAGCUACGAGAGCCCUUGCCCGUUGAUGACAUGGAGAGGAACCAGAAGAUUUUGCAGUGGAUGAUGGAGGGAGAGAAGGAGACUGGACGCUCCAAGAGGAGUCCUUAUGGGAGUAUCUCAGGCUCCAAGAAGGCCCAGGGACACGAGGUGUCGAGGCCCAGCUCGGUGGAAAGGCCAGGGGCAGUGCACCCUUGGGUUACCGCCCAGCUCCGCAACAAUGUGCAGCCCUCCCAUCCCUUCAUCCAGGAUCCAACCAUGCCCCCCAACCCUGCCCCCAACCCCCUUACCCAACUGGAGGAGGCGCGAAGGCGGCUUGAAGAGGAAAGGAAGAAGUCUGGAACUUUGCAGGCCAAGCAGAGGUAUGUGAUGGAGGUGAUCCAGAGGGGUCGCGCCGCUGUCAGGCCCGCUCUGUUUCCCUCGCUCAGUGUGGUGCCCGCUGUUUCCGACACGGAGCUCUCCGAGUCCGAGCACAAAAAUAUGAAGAAGCAGCCCUGUGAGAACAUCACUGUGGCCUAUUACUUCUGCGGAGAGCCCAUCCCGUACAGGACGUCCGUCAAAGGGAGGAUUGUCACGCUGGGACAGUUCAAGGAGCUGUUAACCAAGAAAGGGAGCUACAGGUAUUAUUUCAAGAAAGUGAGUGAUGAGUUUGACUGCGGUGUGGUGUUCGAGGAGGUACGUGAGGAUGAUGCAGUCCUGCCCAUCUUCGAGGAGAAGAUCAUCGGAAAAGUUGAGAAGAUUGACUGAGACUGUCGGGAGGGAUACGGGAAGGAGAGAAGGGAGGGGGGAAAGGAGGUGCACUGGGAGACGAGGGCUGCAAAGGAGCUGCAGGAUGUGGAGAAUAGGAGGGAGCGAUGUGCAGGUGCUGAAAUUGAUACAGUGUAUGUGGCUGUGCAGGAGAGAGAGGUGCAGAAAAGGGAGGGCUGGGGAAGGUCGCUGCGGCAAGUACACUAUUUACUCUGAGGCUUCUACCUCUGCACAACGGCUUUUAAAGUCAAACAGCUGCUCAGUGCUGAAGUUCACGGAGUCCACUGAGAGCUCUUGGACUCACCGAUAAAUUCUCUCACUUUUGGUAUAUUUCUAACUCGGAAAUUGUAAUGUAGCAAUGUAAAGUUAGACUAGAAAAAAGUACUAUGAAUAUGUUUACUAAAGCUGCAUAUUUUUAUAUGACGUAUCAGAAGGAACAUAUCCUUUCUAAUUUAACAACUCUUGUAAUUUUAUAUGUACUGGUACCAGAUGUGUACAGACUGUCUGUUUAAAAGCAAAAAGAGAAAGUUUUAUAUCUAUUUAAAUAUUUAAAAAAGGCAAAAAAAGAUAAAUCAGUUCACCCAUACCACAGCUGCAACAUUGACCUGACUUAAAAAGGUGUUAAUUUUCACAAGGCUCUGGUUGUGAGAAGCAGAAACCAUAGCGACACUUUAUAGAGUGCUUUUAACUCAUAAACACAUUUUAUUGAUCAGUCCACCUUGUAGAGGGGAGUCAGCCAGCCAGAGCUGCACUUUUCACAGCAUUAUGCAUUGAUGUCAAAGGAGAUGUCGAAUAGCUUUGAGCUGAGGUCCUAUACAAUGAUGCCUUUACAUUGUGCGUGGAUGGAUGAUUGCUCUGUGGCUUUGAAUCCGAUACAAUCCAUUGUCUUGGGCCUCCUCGUUUAGCUGUAGUGCUGUCAUCGAUGUCAUGUCAUGCAUAAUAAUCCCUCCCCUCUUCACACACUGUAUGAUAAAAGGGCCCGUGCAGAUGAACAGACGAAGGACAAGCACACAAACAUCUUCAGACAUUUGAGUUGCAGAACAAUAGCUUUGUAGUUUAUAUCCAAAAUCUACUGAGCCCCUUGAGAACAGGGAGAGAAUUUAUUUUCCGAAAAUAGUUUUGCAUUCCCUCACAAAAAGUAUGCUUUCCCUCUUAAUAGUUUGCAUUCCUUUGUGAUAUGUUUUGCAUUCCCUCGCAAUUAUUUUAGAUCCCUUUGCAAUACCUUUAUCUAUCCCUUAUAAAAAUUAACCAUGGUUUUACUUCAUUGACCAUAUUGUUUUAUCGUAAAACCAUAGUAGCCACAAAUAUGACUACAGAUACCAUAUUUUAAAAGGGAUAGUUCACCCAAAAAUGCAGGAUAGAUUUUUUUUUUUACAAGAAUAUUUUAGCUCUGUAGGUCUGUACAAUGCAAGUGAAUGGUGACCAGAUCUUUGAAGUUCCAAAAACCACAUAAAGGCAGCAUAAAAGUAAUUAAUACGACUCCAGUAGUUUAAUCAUUGUCUUCUGAAGUGAUCCAGUCAAUUUUGGGGGAGAACAGACCAAAAUAUAACUCCUUUUUUUCUGUACAUCUUGCUAUUGCAAUCUCUAGGCACAAUCAUGAUUUUAAGCUCGAAUACACUUACUAGUGCUUGAUCCAUGCGAAGAGCACUAGAUGGGGCUAUAGGAAGUGUAACCGAGCUUGAAAUCAUGAUCGCUAAGGAGACUGCUGAUGUUAAGGUUUAUUGUGAAAAAGGAGUUAAAUUUUUGUCUGUUCUCACCCAAAACUGAUUAGAUCGCUUCUGAAGACAUAGAUUAAACCACCAGAGACUUAUGGACUGCUUUUUAUGCUGCCUUUAUGUGCUUUAUUUUUUAGCUUCAAAAUUUUGGUGACCAUUCACUUGCAUUGUAAGACCUACAGAGCUAAGAUAUUCUUCUAAAAAUCGUAUGUGUUCUGCAGAAGAAAAAGUCAUACACAUCUAGGAUGGCAUGAGGAUGAUUGAGAGAAUUUGUAUUUUUGGGUGAACUAUUACUUUAACCAUUAUAAUUAAGGUAAAACUGUAGUAAUAAUUAUAAUCAUUCUGCCACAAUACAUUACUGUAGUAAAUAUUCACUAUUGUAACACCAUGGUUAAUUUAUGGUACAAGUACAGUGGUUUUUAAAACCAUUAGUUUCUGUAGUAAAACCAUUGUAAAUGUUGUGGUUACUAUGGUUUUACUCCAAAUAUCAAACACCAUACAUGGUUUCUGAAGUAAAGCAAAAUGGUUAAUUUUGGUAAGGACAGGAUAAAGGUAGCCUAAGGAAACCCUAAAUAAUUGUGAGAAAAUGCAGAACUUUGUGAGGGAAUACAAAACUUAUUGCGAGGGAAUGCGAAUUAUAGCAAGGACAAAACUUAUUGUGAGGGAUGUUGAAACUUUCGAAAACAAAGUCCUUCCCUGUCCUCUAAGGGGCUCCCUAAAAAUCUGUAACAAGGAAUGGCAGGAAGGGUUUUCUGUCGCUUUCCAGGUGUUUACAUAUUUUUCACCCCUGUGUUCGAGAGGUGGUCCAUAGCGGUUUGGGGAUGUGUUUAAGAACAUAGAAUUGAGACAAUUUAAGAGGGCUACAUGGAGAUCUUGUUGUAGAAUGCACAUGCAUGUGAUCCUGGGGUCCUAUGUCUACCGAGUGCCAUUGGACAAUAUAACGAUCAUGUUUACACUUACCUUAAUGUAUUACAGAGAAGAAUCAGAUAGAGAAUUGUAGACUUUUAGCUUAACAUGGCUAAAUUUGGUGCCUGGCAAGAAUGAAUUGUUUUUAAAAAUGUAGUUUUAGCCUAACGUGGUCUGCCUUGACGAGAUCAUGAAACACCAAAGAAAACAAUAUAUUAAAGGAGUUGAGUUAUAUCUAAUUGCAUUGUUCGUUUUUAGCAACAAAUAUAAAGCUCCUGCAUAGAGUUUUCAGGCUGUGUAUUGUAACGAAAGCUGGUGCUGAUCUUCGAAGUGUAUUAACCGCUAGGAUGGGGCUGACAAGACAGAGCCAGAUGUGGUGCUGAAGAAAUGUUAGAAUGCUUAUUAUUGUACUGGCAUCCCAUCGUCCCAAGUGUUUAUUUUAGUGUUUAUUUUUAAAUUCCCAUCAUAAUUUAAUAUAAGCUACAAAUCAUCAUCAAAGUCUGUAAAAAAAAAAAUGUUUUAUUUUUCCCUAUUAAUUAGAAUGAUUUUAAUUCUCAGUCAACUUGAACAAUAUGGGUACUUAAUAUGGAAUAUUUCUCAUGUUUGUUUUGAAUAUUUUUUUUUAAAUUAUGGCAUAAUUGUCACAGUGCUUUUUUCAAUGGGGAUGUAAAAAGUUAACUACUGUGAAAAGCCUGGAUGUGAGCUGCUCUCACUGAAUGAUGGAUUAUCUGUACAUAGACAUCACAGAGUGCCUUUUCUGACCAUGCUCAUCUCUGAUCCACUGUCUGCUCUUCUCAGUCCUUGUGUCCAGUACCAGGGACUUGCAUUAUGUUUUAAGUUUCUAAAGAAUUAUUUUUGUUUGUUUGUUAGUUUCCUAUGUGAUGAGCAUCACCACACUUAAAGUCUUUCUAUGUAAAUAUGUAAAUUUUUAUGCGUCUUCAACUACAACCAGCAACCCAGUUUGGAUAUUUAGUGCCCUGGUUCUGCUUAAGUGUGCCGAGUUGUACAGUUGUACAGUUGUACAGUUGUCAUUUUAUGGUACUUUGGACAAUAAAGACAUGUAAUGAAAGAAAUGUGGAUGUCU